AGCUGGAAUCGGGUGUGGAAAGCGGGGCCUGUUGCCGAGUGAGCAAUUUUAUACGAAUAUAACCCUGCCUUUUGUCCCGGGUCAUGAUAAAGUUCCUGUUAUCUUGAAUUUGGGAACAUAUAUUUAAUGGUAAUUAUUGGCGGUGUAAUCUGGAAAUGGAUAAGAAACAGGCUGGCAGUUUAUCACGGAGACCAUGACUUUGCACUACAGUGGCCCUGAUUCUCUGUACUGUUGACGCCAGACUUCCCCUGGGAAUGCUCCAAGUAUCAAACUACAGCCUUGUACUAUCAGUACAAUUCAUUAUAAUGAUCUUCGAUCUGUUUGCCAAUUCCUUCUCUGAACUUUUAUUAACAGAGCCAGUUGUUCCUCUGAUAAUAUUUGUAAUACAAGACAUUGGAAUUCUCUUUAAUAUCAUCAUCAUCUUCCUUAUGUUUUUCAACACAUUUGUCUUUCAAGCAGGGUUGGUCAAAUUAUUGAUUCACAGAUUUACAGGAACCAUUAUUGUCUCUGGGAUUUACUUUAUUCUGAGUGUCAGCUUUCAUGUUUGGAUUGAGAAUCUGCGGUGGCAAGACCAGUACAAGUUUGUGUGGACAAAUUGGCUUCAGGCAUUUUUUGUCUUCCAACGGUUUGCUGCCGUUUUAUACUAUUACUGCUACAAAAGAACUACACUUUGCCUUGGAGAUCCUCGGUUAUAUGAAGACUCAGAAUGGCUCCGGAAUGAAUUUUUCCGUGUCCGAAAAUAAGAUCACAGAGCCAUACCCAGUGCAAUACUCGAAACUGAAAAUAGAACUUUUAAACAAGUGCAUAUUAGAGUAAAAAUAAUGCAUAAUAACUUUGAUUUUCCUUGUAUUUGUAGAAAAUAUAUUGUUUAAAAUUGUAAUACAUGAGUAUAAUUACUAUAUUCUGAACUUGAGCAGGUAAAGAUGACAAUAAGCAUUUCACUGCUAAAUCAUGGAGUUGCUGUUAAUUACUUUGUCUCUGUCAAAGUAUGAAUUUUGUGGAACUCUCACUCAUUAGAAAGAUGUUUUGCUAGUUUUUUCCCAUAUCAUAAGAAUUUACUGAAAGUAUAUACUUUUGCUGUGGGAUAGUUCUGCAGCACUGUUCAUUUUUUUAAGUACAAAUUUGUUUUGAUUUAAAGUCCAUGCUUUUGCUACUCUGCAUUUGUGUGGUACUGCCUGUAAAUAACAUUUUUACAGUCACUCCAGUGGGUUCUCUUUAAAAGUAGUUUCAAUGACACCAUAAAGUUAUGUUCUUAGUAUAUGUUCUGCUAAUUUAUUUUCAAGCAUUAUGCUUUUUCAGGGAAGUGAUUGGGCUAGGAAAUCUGUUGGAAUUUUGCAAUUUCUGUUCUGUAGGACAGGUGCAAACUGGGGAAGGUUGUGUACAUAUUUAAAUUAUUGAUUUAGAAACUGCAUGCUCAUCUGUGCCCUUGAGCUGGUUCCCACCAAUAACCUUACAAAAUAGGUACCAAGGAUUUUUAUGCACUGCACAGAAGAUGAGAACAAACAGAUUGACUUACAAUUGUUUUAAAAUUUUAUUUCAAAUUUUAAAUUUUGGUGUACGUAUUUUUAAAAUAUUUUAUUCUUUAUAUAUUUGAGUCAAAAUUGGAUCCAGUAUUUAGGCUUGCUCUGUAAAUUCCAAGUCUGCAAUUUAAUGUGGAAAAUGUGUUACUUGGGAACAUUUAAGUCUUGCUAAUUUUAUCAUUUUGGAUAUUUUGAUUACCGUUCUUGUAUUAAAAUAUUUACCUUUUGAACUAGUGGGAAAACUUUUAUAAUAAUUAUUUUCUAAGAUACUGAUGUGCAGUGAUUGUUUUGUAUUAAAUACGUAAAGAAAUUUUCCGAGAGGUUUGUUUUACACUAAUUUCUGUGCAGUUAAUCUGCUGGUUUAUAACUACUGCAGUAUUCACCCUUUUGUUUAUUCAUCCCAGUAAAGAGAGGUCUUUCUAUUAUGUUGUUUUCAUCUAGCUCAUUUCAUUGGUAAGGUAAGUUAUUACAGUUUGAGGUUUAUAGACAUGUUUAGUUCUUGAAACAAAUUUCCACUCUUAGAAUAUGUGUUUAUCCAAAGUGUCUUGCCCUAUUAACAGUGGCACUGUACACUGGAACUCAUAGACCUUGUCCUACAUCUGCAGAGAGCAAAAUAUCAAACUGAAAUGAUUUUAAGAUUAAAAUUAAUCAAUUUGUGUAUAAUCAUUAUACAGCGGUAUAACUGACACCAGUUGCAACAAACAGAUGAAGGAUCUGAAAACAAUUCAAACAAUGAAAACAAAUGAGUUAAUUGAGUUUGCACAAAGAUUUGAGCUUUGCCUUAAAAUUGC